AUGGUGCUGGUCCUCCUGGUGCAGUUGUGGGCCAUGCAAGGAGCCACAGGCCUGAGUAUACAGCAGGGGCCCAAAUCACUAUGGGUGAGACAGGGCAGUCAGGUGACCUUGGCCUGUCAGGUGGCCCAGACCCAGGCCUGGGAACGUCUCCGUGUUGGGUGGACCAAGGACGGUGAUGUCAUGUGCCAGCCAUACAUCACCAACAGCAGCCUCAGCCUGGGGGUCUGUGGGCCCCGGGGACAGCUGUCCUGGCUGGCACCUGGUGAUCUCACCCUGCGACUGGACCGUGUCAGCAUGAACGACAGCGGGGACUAUGUGUGCUGGGCAGCUACGGAGAUUCCUGAGUUGGAGGAGGCUGAGGGUAAUGGGACACAGCUCGUGGUGGAAGCAGGCCCCCUCCUAGUGGUGCUGGCGGCGGGGUUCGUGGCGGUGGCAGCGGUCGCGCUGGGCGCGGUCAUCUGGGGUCGCCGCCGCUGCGGGGAAAAGGACUCAGGAAAUCCAUUCUACAGCAACGUCCUAUACCGGCCCCGAGGGGCCCCAAAGAAGAGUGAGGCCUGGCCUGGAGAGAGAAAGGUGCUGGACACACCCAGGGAGAACCAGAGAGGCCAGAGCGUGUACUCUCUCUCUUUUCCCCAGCCUGCCACCCCCCACGGCGUCUGGCCCCCCAAACCUUGCCCCAGCCAGAGGCCCAGCCAAACCACCUCUACCAUUACGGUCUCUCCUGGCCCAGGCCCCUCUGGGCAGCCAAGGCCAGAGGGUUCCCUGUAGUGGGAGAGGAGUUGGAGACUCCAGGAGACACAAAGGGGAUCCCACCAGAGGCUACAAAAAGAUGUAACUGCGUAGAACUGGCCGGUUAGCUCACUUGGUUAGCACCAAGGUCCAGGGUUCCAUCCCUGUACCCACCAGCCACCAAAAAAAAAAGGAUGUAACUCCUUCCAAGGGGAGACCAGGAGUCCAACAGAGAUCCCCUCCUCAUUUCUAUGGCAAUAGAUCUCCCUUUCGACCCCAGAAUGCUCAAUAAA